AUGAGAAAUAAGCAACAGACUGAGCCCAGGGAUAUUUGGCAGCAGUCAUUUACCAGAUCCUUUCAUUCUGCUGCUCUUCGCUUCCUGACUAGUCUAGGUAACUGGGUCUGGAACUCAGGUAACUAUUUGCGGAAAAGCAGCUUCAAUGCUUUGCUGAGUCCAUUCUCCGCUGAGCUACAAGAGAAGGACAAGGAAAGCACCCACCUACAUACUGGAUUGAAAGCCACACCUCCAGAUCCAGAUGUGCACCCCCAAAUUAUCAUCCGAGUCAAGACCCUGGAAUCCUAUUCUGGGGAGUCCCCUUCACAAGAGUGCUUCUUCAAGCCCUUUGGACCAAACAGCCCUCAGCAAACUGCAUCUUCUAGAGACGAACUCUCCUCGAGCCUGCAGGCAGAAUUCGGGGAGCCCAGAGCUGAGGACAGCCCGUGGCGACUCAAGCACACCCGAAGCCAAAGGUACCCCGGUGCCCAAGUGCUGGAGGGCGAUGUAGAUAAAUGUGGGUGGGUUCUCCGAAUCUGCACUGCUCACUCCCCAUUACCAACCCCCUGGAAGUGUCUGCAGAGGUCUCGGGAGAAGCUAGAAAUCCGAGAAAACACAGACAAGGCGCGAGUGCAGGGUGCUGAAGGGGAGAUGGUGAUGGUGGAAGGCCCGAAGUGCCCCUGCUUCCUGCUCUGCCUAAUGGUCAUCUGGCUGGUAACCUGCCCUUUCUGCAGGGCAUGUCCUCGCCCCUGCACCUGUUACCUGUCUACCGAGGUGCAUUGCACUUUCCGCUACCUGACCUCCAUCCCCGAUGGCUUCCCAUCCCACGUGGAACGUGUCAACCUAGGAUAUAACAACUUGGUGAGGUUGGCAGAGGCAGAUUUUUCUGGCUUGAGCAGAUUGGAGAUGCUGCUUCUGCAUAGCAAUGGCAUCCACACAAUCCCUGAUAAGACCUUCUCAGAUCUGCAGGCCUUGAAGGUUCUAAAAAUGAGUUAUAACAAAGUCUGCAGGCUUCAGAAAGAUACUUUCUACGGCCUCUGGAAUUUGAGUCGACUUCACAUGGACCACAACAGCAUUGAGUUCAUAAGCCCAGAGACUUUCUAUGGGCUCACAGAGCUGCACCUGGUGCAGCUGGAAGGGAAUCGGCUCACACAGCUCCAUGCGGACACCUUUGUCACGCUGCGCUACCUGCAAGUAUUUAAGACCUCAUCCAUUAAGUACUUGCACUUGUCUAGUAACCUCCUGAGCUCUCUGCCUCAAGAGAUGGUCUCUUCCCUGUCCGUCCUGGAGAGCCUCUAUCUUCAUGGCAACCCCUGGAUUUGUGAUUGCCGUCUCUCCUGGCUGGCUGUCUGGAUACAGGAGAAACCAGAUGUCAUCAAAUGCAAAAAAGACCGGAAUACCUCCAAUCCUCAGCAAUGUCCACUUUGCACCAACCCCAGGACAACACAGGGCCAGCUGUUGGGCACAGUCCCAGCCACAGCUUUCCAGUGUGUCAAGCCUACCAUCGAGGUGUCCUCCAGAGGGAUGAAUCUGAACGCCCCACAAGGGAGCCCUCCCAAGUCCAUCUCUCUAGGGGACUUCAUGGCCCCGUUAGGCUCCCUCACUUUGAACUUAACCGACCAGUCUGGAAACGAAGCUACUGUAGUCUGCAGUGUUGGAAAACCCAUGGCUAACUCAUCCAGGGCUGCAGAAAAUGGCUCAGUUGUUCUCAAUGUGACAUUUGACGUGCCUCUAGUGUGUGACCUUGCUGAAAGUCACUUCCGAGCCAUGUGGCAGAUCCUGGCCCUGUAUAGUGAUACUCCACUGAUGCUGGAUAGGAGCUUCCGGCUCCCAGGGCCACUAGCCCUUGGCUAUCACUACAGACAGAUGGUAACAGGGCCUGAAGACACAUUCACCGGUGUCCAGGCAGCACUCAGGGCCCAGCCUAUUUGGCUCAUGCAAGCCUGCGUAGCCUUGUGGCUUGACCGGGCAGCCACUACUCCCAGGGCCAUUGUGCUCCGUUUUUCUAGUCAGGCCAGCUUCACUGCACCCCACCCAGAGCCCCAAGCAGCCCCAUGGACACUGAUCCACAAGGAGAAGGACACAAAGCUUGAGCUCACCAUUCUGGCUGGUGGGACUGUCACUUUGGAUUGUUCUGGCUUAGGGGACCCCAAACCUCGUUUGCAGUGGCUACUGGUGGAUGGGACCAGAGUGAGCUCCCCUUAUGUGAGUGAAGACAGUCGAGUCCUGAUCCACAGGGACGGGAGGCUGGAACUGCACUCUGCCUCGACAUCAGACUCUGGUGCCUACAGUUGUGUCAGCGCCAAUUCCCACAAUGCUGAUGUACUCACCUACUGGGUGACUGUGGUGGAUCCCCAUGGGGACGCUGACCCAGAGAGCGUCACCACCCAGAUGGUUUUCCUUGGUGAGUCCCUGGACCUCCCAUGCCAGUCCAGUGGGAGCCCUGACCCCUCUACCAGUUGGGUCCUUCCAGGGGGUACUGUGCUGCCUGGGUCUGCCUCACAUGGGCAUGUUCUCAACAACAGCACCUUAAGCACCCCCCAGGUGACCCUCAAAGACCAGGGUCUCUACCACUGCAUCGUGGCCAAUCCGUUAGGAAUGGAUGUGCUGACCUACCGUAUUGCUGUUCGUAUAAAGGGUCCUGGGUUGGGGGAGUACCACGUGGAAAACGAGGGCUCUGGGUUUGGGGAGCCCAAUCCCUCACUGGUCCCACACCCCACUCCUGCUCCCAGAGGGGCAGAGGCUGGACGCCCAGUAACCAGAAGGCGGUUGCGUUAUCAUGAGCAGCGACGGCAGCAUUUGUCCUCUGCACGCAGGAUUGAUCCCCAGCAUUGGGCAGUGCUCUUGGAGAAAGCCAAGAUGAGAGGCAAGCCCCAGGAGCAGGGGGGGCUGGCAGAAAGCCCCCCUGCACAUGCUAACCAGAUAACCACGCCCAGAGAGGAGGAAUCUUCAGGCCUGACUACUCCGGGGGAAGAAGCAGGGGUCCUGGCCAUAGCUGCAAGCAGUGCUGGCUUCCCUAGAUUACUGGAUCAUCCCCCUCCAAAGACACCCACAGUCUCUGGAAGCACUCCCCAGUGGGGAAAACUAAUUGAAUUCCAAAUCUCUGCUCCUAUCAUUGCCCAGAAUGCACCGCCGGCCACUCCCAGUUCAUGGCCCAGUACCCUGAGCCCUGAAUUCUUUCCCCUGAGGCCCCUCCAACCUGAAGGCACUGUGUCUCUGAGGACUGGUCAUGUGUUGAAAAUAGAUCAUCUGCGAGGGGAAUCCUCAGUGAUGACAGGGACUAAGUUCCAAGCUGGCAGAGUCAGAGGUUUGCCCAGUGGCAGCCAUCAAAUAUCUGUAGCAGGAUUUGCUGAGUCCAGGAGUAGCCUUGCACAUUCCCACCCCACUCCAGAGUUGAGCCGCUCUGUGCUCCCUUCUGGCCAGGCCAUGGCUGCCCAGAGUCCAGUACCCUGUCCCAGGAAAGGCAUUGGUUCUCCCCCAGCAUGCAGGCCCUUUACCAGACGAAGGAGAAUCUGGGGCAAGGGCCCGCUGACUAGUUCCUACAGAACUCCAGCUCUUGGGCUGCACAGGUUCGGCUUAGUGCGGCCACAAUUCAGUGGUGCUGUGGAAGGAAGCACCCCUUCUUUGACUGUUCCUGAACUCAAUGGGGGGUGUCUGUCCUGUCCAGGGGUAGAGUCGUCUUUGCCCAGUUCAGCUCCUGUCCACUCUCUCAAACUGCACCCAAGCAGGAUCCCCUCAACCCCUAAUCCAUUACUGCCAUGGAAGGACCAGACAGACAUCCAGACCACGGAUACACCCCCCAUGGAAUAUUUGGGUGCUCUAUGGACUCAGGUCAUAACACAGACCCCAACAUCUACAGCUGUGGACAAGAUUCCUGCCUCUCCUGUAGAUCUCCUGAGUGUACCUGGCACAGCUUUAGUGAGAAGAGAAGCAUUCGUCACCCCUCCACUUGUACGCCUCCUCACCAAGUACCCUAAACCCACUGCUCUGGCCAUGAGGAAGUUUACAAGAGGGAAAAUUUCCCGGAGUCAGGGCAUGGCCAAGAGCCCCAUCCCAAGAGAGGGGUUCAGAACUCAGCGCAAACCAGAACCUGUGCUCCCUAAAACAUUUCCUACUGGGUCACCCCAUCACACCACACCCCUGUCUCUUUUCACACAUCUUCCCUCCAUAGCACUGGGCCAUGACAAGGCCCAAACACGCAGGCAAGGACACAGGCCCGCAGGAACAAUGCUACCUCCACUCACCCUGGAUCCUGCCACUCUGUCUCAUAUCCCGAGCCCUGAACCCAGCACAGAUCCCCUCCCCAUGCAGACGGCAUUGCUAACCAUGACAACUGCCACCCCUCGAACAAGCACCAUCGAUGCAACCCAUAUAGACAGACCUGGGGACCGGGCAUCAGAGAGGGAAAAGGAAUUGGAUCUCUCUUUUGUCCAGAGUUUCAGCUUCACCAUGGAAACCAGGGGGGUCCCACCAGGUCUAACCCCAGCUAGAGCAUCAGCUGCAUCCAGCACCCCUGUGUUCACCCAGACCUCAUGGGGAAGUGCAGAAGGAAAGGCCAGCCCUACUGAAUUGCCUUCGAGAAUCCAGACUCUCGGGGUCCUGGGACAACUGACAGAGAAUGCGCAGAAUCUGCAGGAAACAUCCACUUCAAUCACAGUCCUGUCCAGCUGGGCACACCAGCGUGCCCUAGUCAGAAACUCCCUACUGCGCCCCGUCCUGAGUCCUGGUGGCCCAUUUGUGCCCACAGUUCCCAGUUUCCUUUCUUUAACCCAUCCAAGUGCCCCUCCAGUUUCCAGGACAAAGACCCACCCCAAGAAGAAAGUACCUAAAAGCUCCAUCCCCCGUGUGGACCCGCAGCAGCUGGCAGUAGAGGCAACAUCUCCUAGGGCCAACUCAGGGUUCACCAGUCUCACCUUGUUGACUCCCCAAGUCCUCCAUUCCCAGACCUCCUUCUCCCCUGCCCAGCCUCUUCCAGUUCAGCCAUGGGAUUCUCCAUGGGCUUCCCCACCACGGUCCAAGAAGAACCACUUUGGGCACUCACUGGACCGAGCUGCCACAGAGGUUGAAGGUCCAGGUUUGCCCAAGGGUGCCAUGUUUCCUCCCACAUGGGACAGGCAGCAGAAGGCAGUGGAUGGUGCCUUUGGGGUGACCACCCAUGGCUCGCGCCUUCCCUCUGCCUCCCUGUCCAGGAAUCUGUUUGAGAGACCCAGGAUUGUUGGAGGCAGAGCUGCCAGUUACACUGUUCUGGCACACUCAGACAUCUUCCUGCCUUGUACGGCCACUGGGAACCCCCUACCCACUCUGCGCUGGACCAGAGUCAACACAGGACUUGAUUUGUCUGGAAGAAAAAAGGACAGCAGGUUCCAGGUGCUGGACAAUGGGACCCUGUCCAUACAGAAGGUGGACAUUGAAGAUCGGGGGCAGUACCUGUGCUCUGCGUCUAAUGCCUUUGGCUCUGACCACCUCUAUGUCACCUUGUCGGUGGUUUCCUACCCACCAAGGAUGCUGGAACCAGCAGCCAAGGAGCUCACGGUGCAUUCAGGAAGCUCAGUGGUGCUACCAUGCCCAGUGGAUGGGAGCCCACGCCCCAGCAUUUCCUGGACUCUCUCCAACCAGACGGUGGUCACAGAGUCACUUGAGGGGAAUGGGCAGGCCCAGGUGACCUGGAAUGGGACAUUGGUCCUCCAUAAUCUCAGUGUUUCUGAUGGGGGCGUGUACCAGUGCACUGCCAGCAAUGCAGCAGGCCAGGACUGGCUGCAGGUAAGAAUCCUGGUCAUUGCAGCCCUGCCUGUUAUCUUGGAGCCCAAAAGGGAGGUAGUGGCAGGGACCUGGGGCCACAGUCUGAGCCUGCCCUGUACUGCCACUGGAACCCCACAGCCUGAAGUGCGCUGGAUCCUUCCUGACAGCACUGAGAUUCAGCCUCUACAACUGGCUCCGUCCAAGUUGUUCCUGUUUGCCAAUGGGACACUGCAAGUGAGCGAUGUAGCCUCUUCAGAGCAGGGCACAUAUGAGUGCAUUGCCUCCAGCCCUGCUGGCUCUGAGAAAAGGGUGGUUCUUGUGACCUUGGAGCCCCAGAAGACCCUCCCUAGGAUAGACACCGCAUCCCCAAUGUGGACUGAAGUAGAGUUGGGAGCCAGACUGCUGCUGAACUGCUCAGCCACCGGUGAACCAAAGCCCAGGAUUGCCUGGCGGCUGCCAUCCAAAGCUGUGAUUGACCAGUGGCAUAGAAUGGGCAGCCGAAUCCGUGUCUACCCAAAUGGAUCCCUGUUCAUCGACCUGGUUGCAGACGAGGAUGAGGGGGCCUACUUGUGCAUGGCCAGGAACCCCACUGGGGAAACCCUGAUGCCCAUGCACGUUAGCCUGAGGCGCAGAGCCGCACAAAUUGACGGGGAGCGCCUCCUCAGCAAGCAGGUACCGCAGGGCCGAGACUUGCGCGUGGACUGCCCGGCCUCGGGUUCACCGCUGCCCGACAUCUCCUGGCAUCUGCCCGACGGCACCGUGGUGCGCCCUGGGGCGCGGAGCCGCCGUGCACGCAGGUUCACGCUCUUUGCCAAUGGCACACUGUACCUGGGCCGGGUGGGGAUGGCUGCACAGGGCGACUACACCUGCCGUGCCCAGAACUCGCUGGGCACGGACGAGGUGCGGGUGCGCCUCACGGUCCUCCCAGCCGUCCCGCGCAUCAGGCCGGGCCCCCGUGGAGAGCCCCGGGUGGAAGAGGGAGACACGGCUGUCCUGGACUGCGAGGUCCGCGAGGAGCCCCAGCCCAUGCGCCUCUGGCUGCUACCAUCCGGCUUGGCUAUCAAUGCCUCCAGGGACAGGUACAUCCUGCAUGCCAACGGCUCUCUGGCCAUCGGCGCGGCCACCCAGCUUGACUCGGGCACGUACGUGUGCAUGGCACGGAAUCCCGGGGGUAGCGAUGCUAAGACGCGCCGGCUGGCUGUAGUUUCCAAGGCGCCUUCCCCUCUCCAGGGCCAGCCCUCCUCGAGCUCCGUGCUCCGGGUGGCAGCCCUGCUGCACUCGAGGAUGCUCCUGGACUGCGGGGUCCAGGGGAGCCCCCAAGCCAGGGUCACUUGGCACAUGCCCGGCGACGUGGCGUUGCGCGCGCCUUACCAGGGUGGCCGCGUCUCCGUGCAUGCCAACGGGACCCUGGAGAUCCGGAACGUGAGGGCCUCGGAUGCAGCCGAGUUCGUGUGCGUCACGGGCACCCCCGGGGCGCAGCGCAUGCGGGUGGUGGUGCGGCUGGACGUGCUGGAGCUGCCAAGGCGCCCCGCUUUCCGCAGCCCGGCGCAUGGCAAGGUGGUGGCGCGCCUAGGCCAGCGCACGGUCCUGGAUUGCGCGGCAGAUGGCAGCCCGACCCCCGAGAUCUCCUGGACCCUGCCCGAUGGCACCAGGCUGUCUGGGACCGGGGUGCAAAAAGACGGAUCCCUGAUAAUCCCCAAGACGGCCCGCAGCCACGCGGGCCGGUACCGCUGCGCCGCACGGAACCAGGCGGGCUACGUGGAGAAACUAACGGUGCUGGAAAUUGGGCAGAGACCUGUCAUCCUCACUCCCGUUGCGGGUAGUGUGUUUGGGUUGGGGGGCGAGACGGUGGCGCUGCAUUGCGUGUCCGUGGGGAACCCCAAACCCCGGCUCUCGUGGACUGUCCCCCAGGGCGACGUGCUGGAGAGGCCAGGGCCCCAUGGACCGUAUGUUCUGCAUGACAACGGCAGCCUGAUCAUCCGUGUGGCUGAGGCCCGCGAUUCCGGGCAGUACGUGUGCCAGGCGCACAACAGCGAGGGCCGUGCCCAUAUCACGGUGUCAGUGGUGGUGGUCGCCUACCCACCACGCAUUACGCACCGUCCAUCCAGGAGCGUGCUGGCCAGGAUCGGGACUGUGGUCCAGCUCUCCUGCAGGGCGCUGGGUGUCCCCCGGCCCCGAAUCACUUGGGAGAUGCCAGAGCGUCCCCGGUUGUCCGGUACUAAGCGGGGCAAUGCCUUGGAGCUGGACUCCGAGCUAGGGACCCUCGUCCUCCGCCACCCUCAGGUUCAGGAUUCGGGGAUCUACAAGUGCACAGCCAGGAACUCACUGGGCAUUGAUUCCGCGGCCACUUUUGUGCGAGUCAUCUGACCUCCCACCUCACCGUUCCCCACAAAUACCGCCUACACACAGGGUUUAUUUUCGGAGGU